UGUUUCUAGAAACUUCCUGCGUGUGACCUCCACUUGCGGAGAGCGCGUGUGAAUAAAAAGUAGUUUCUUGCCUUUAAGGAAACUUUUAUAAACUUUUAAUCAUGGUUCAGGAAACAGAAAAGACUCCAUACGGAGAUCCUGAGGAUGAAGCUCCAGAGGAAGAAGAGGAGGAGAUGGUGGACCCGUUAGAGACGGUGAGACAGAAGUGUGAGGAGACGGAGCACUGCGUACACACACACCACCGGCUGGAGGAGUGUGAGGCUCGGGUGAACUCGCGGUCACACACAGAUGAAGACUGCACUGAGGAACUGUUCGACUUUCUGCAUGCGCGGGACCACUGUGUCACACAGAAGCUCUUCAGUUCAUUAAAAUGAGCCACACUACACCUUACCUCACUGUUUACACACUUUAAUACAGAAAAAUCUUUUUGUGAUGAUAGUAGCUCAUUGUACAUACCAGUAUGAAUAAAAAAUAUAUGGACAUUAAAUGUUUUUUUAUCAAAUGAUCAUGCUGUAUGUACACUUUGAUCCAAGUGUAAAAGUUUUCUCCUGUGUUUUUACAGUCCACACAACUGAAUACCACACAUUGCCUACAGAAAUAAAAAGUAAUAUAUAUGGUCA